AGGCCGGGGCGUGGUUUUAGGUGGAGGGGUGGGGGCAUAAGGCAGGCAGCUGGGAGGCAAGUUUUUUCAAACUGCAGGGACAAACAAAAGUGGCUUUGCCUUGCAGGAACAAGGAAGUACAUGUAGGGAGAGAGUGAGCGUGUCUCUGGGGUCAGAUCUGAGCAGUGCUACCUGAGCGACUGGAAAGAAGCAGCGGUGAACUCAAGACACAAACAGUUGGAUUUCACUCAUUUAUUUUCAGACUCCACUCAGUAUUUCUGGUGCCUUAGAUGAUCACAGAUCACAGAUCACAGAGACAGAGGGAGAGAGAGUGAUCAAAGGAGUGAAAGCCAGUGUUUUGGAGUUUAAACGCGCUUAUUGAUUAAUGUGAUUUAUUGUGUCAGCGCACAAAGCCUUGUCUGCUCCAUCUACAGCGCCCGCCCACCGGGCUUUGUGCGGAACGAUAGUAGAGCGGUGAUCAUCACAUGCUCCGGGAUUUGCCGUGUAGGAAGCCGGGAGCCUGGAGCUCUGCUUGCUCAUCAGCGAAGAAACGAGGAUUUGUUGACUCAUUCCAGUGUGGUUCCACAGCGGCAGGACUUUGCACAUCAUCGCCGGUCUCCUCGGUCACUGCCGCGUCCCCUGAAAAACGAACCGGUCACUCUGGACUUUUUUUCCCCUCUCUCUUCCACGGUGAGCGUGAAUCACCUCCGCAGUUUCGGAUGCGUGAACGUGGCGUGGGAGUGGGUUGGGUCUCGCAGGCGGCUGGCAUACGCACACGUCGUCAGGGAUAUUAAGCAAAUAGGUGAAGGUUUAGUUUUUUUUUUUUUUAAUUCUUUAUCAAAAGGACACAGGAGAGGUGAGUCCGGACAUUGGCAAACCGCCGGCUCCCCUCACCGGCUGGACAUCUGACUCCCAGGAUAAAACACAGCGGACUUCCCAGUUCUUCGUCCCGUUUCUGAUUGCGGAUCAACGGUUAACCACGUUGUCAACCCGUCCAGACACCGCCUCUCCGUCUUCAGGGAAUAGCUGCUGGAAGUGGGUCUGCGGGGAAACGCGCACACACAAUGGCAACCGGUGCGCUCUUGCUCGUCUGUGCGCUGCUUGCCGGUGUUGCCGUGGCUCAGAGGGUUGUGACGGUGCAGACCGGGCCCCUGUUUCGAACUGAGGGCUCCCACGUGACCAUCUGGUGCAAUGUGACAGGCUACAAAGAGGGUGUGGAGCAGGACUUCGAGUGGUCCAUGUACUUGGCGUCAGCGCAGGACCGGGAGAUCCGCAUCGUGAGCACGGCUCAGCAGAACUACGCCUACGCCCUCUACGCCACACGGGUCAAUAACAAAGAGAUCUACGUGGAGAGGCUGAGCGGCGACUCGGCCGUGUUCCACAUCACCAAGGUGCAAGCCACAGACCAGGGUCUGUUUGAGUGUUACACCCCCAAUACAGACGGUCGUUACCUUGGAUCCUACAGUGCACGCACCAACCUCACCGUUAUUCCUGACUCUCUGACAGCGACGUCUCCAUCUGCAACUCUGUCCAAGGUGGAAGGCGACACGCUGACCCUGAACUGUGAGGUGUCUCGGACCACGGCGCAGCACACUCACCUCUCUGUGGGUUGGUACCUUCGAUCUCCGGAGGACGCCACGGCUGCUCCUCAGGAGCUGGUCACCUUGUCCCGGGACUUUGUUCUCCGCUCGGGGGGAACUUACCGGCAAAGAAUAGCAGCGGGGGAUCUGAGGCUGGAUAAAAUCAGCACGACGUCCUAUAGACUGACCAUUCACAAGCUGCAGCCUGUGGACCAGGGGCUGCUGUACUGCCAGGCUGCUGAGUGGAUUCAGGACCCGGAUGGCAGCUGGUUCACCAUGACCCGUAAGCAGAGCAACAAGACACAGCUUCGUAUUCAGCCCACUGAUCGGGACUUCAGCAUCCAGGUGAGCACGGAGCGGCGGUCCUUCACGGCCGGUGAGCCGCUGGAGCUUCGCUGCACCAUCGAGGCCCAGAAUGUCCCUGAGCGUUUCUUCUCGGUGUCGUGGGUCUUCAGCAGCUCACCGGUGGCCGUGGUGGGCCCAAACGCCGUGCCUGCCCUGGGCCCCGAGUACGUUUCCCGUGAGGCAGCCGGUCACAUGACCGUGCGAAAGGAGAGUCCCAAUGUCCACCUGCUCAAGCUGCAGCACCUUCGUCCCGAAGAUGCCGGGAAAUACAUCUGCCGCGUGACGGAGCGGGAGAAGACGCCUACAGGAGACUUCAUCGACCGCAGCAAGAGGUCCCGCAACGUCCAGAUCACAGUCCAGCAGCUCAAGAGCAACAUCACUGUGUCUUUGUUUAGUAAUUCAUCCGAGGUUCUCGAGGGCGAUGGGAUCCACCUGACCUGUUUAGUCCAGUCCACUACAGGUCCCCUGUCCGUCGUCUGGCUGUGGACAGACAAGCAGGUGACAGGACCGGCCCAGGAGCUGGUCUCCGUGGAUCGGGAUGGCACAGUUCGCUACAGCCCAACCUACAAAGAGCGCUCCAGUUACGGCGAGAUUCGAGUGGAGAAAGUGCGCGCGGACACUUUUUCUUUGUCUCUGUACAACGCCCUACCUGGGGACGAGGGCCAGUACCAGUGCAUCGUCACAGAAUGGUUCCAGGCUGGCACUGAACCAGAGCUGAGCUGGGAGAAGAUCGGAGAGAAGUCAGCCACCAAGUCGGUCACCGUCAAAACAGUGGAGUCCUCGUUCAUGGUGUCAGCCUCUUCACGAACUCCAUCUGUGACCUUCGGUGACUCGUUUGACCUCCUGUGCCUGGUCAAACCUCGUCACAACCCACGAGUCCCCACUUCUGUCACCUGGAGCUUCAUGCCGGCAGAGGCUGACGGCGAGGACCAGGGAACGUUCAAAGACCUGGUCACGUUCACCCGGGAAGGCACGCUGCAGUGGGGCGAGCAGCUGCUGGGAUUGGGUACUCGCACCACGGUGGAUCGUUCCCUCUCCAACACAAACUUCCGACUGUCUGUGACUAGUGCCGGGCGCCGCGAGGCGGGAAAGUACAAGUGCACAGCCAUUCUUUGGAGGAGGAAUUACGACAACAGCUGGACCAAAGUUGCCAACCGCACUUCAAACCUGCUGGGAAUCAGUGUCCUGCAGCCAGUAAGCAAGCUGCGAGUCCAGAAGACCAAUCAGUCCCUGGCGUUCCCAGAGGACAGUCGCGUCAAGAUCAAUUGCACCAUCACCUCCCAGACCAGCCAGGCCUCCCAGCACGCUGUGUCUUGGUAUGUGAGACAUGCAGCCGGAUCAGGGACUGACGAGCUCCUGCUGAGAAUCGAACACUCUGGGGCCUUUGAGUACGGCGCGUACGCCGAUGAGGAGAGACUGCGGCGGCGGCUGCAGGCUGAGAGGCUCUCACCUCGUUCCUACGUGCUGACCCUGAACAGGGCCGAGAGCGGCGACUCUGGGACGUACUACUGCCGAGUGGAGGAGUGGCUGACUUACCCAGAUGGAGCGUGGUAUCAGCUUUCCCAGGAGUCCUCGGGGUUCAUGAAGGUUCUCGUCAAGCAACCGGAGCUUCGACUGCAGGUAGAGGAGUCGCAGACCAACGUGACAAUAGAAGAGACUGGUUCAAUCCGGCUCGGCUGCACCAUCGCCUCCCAGUCAUCCCGAGACUCCCGCUUCUCCGUCUCCUGGUACGUGGAACAUUCUGAAGGUGAAGCUAGAGAACGGGAGUGUAUGUUCUCCAUUGGCCACGACGCCAUUUUCGGAAAUGGAAACUGCAGCCCCAGGGAGGAGUCGGGACCAAAUUCCCGACUGCAGUUUGAGAGAGCGGCCUCAGACCAGUACAGUCUGACCAUUCAGGGAGCCCGCCCGACAGACGCAGGACGGUACUACUGCCACGUGGAGGAGUGGCUUCUCAACCCACGUAACGCAUGGUACCGCUUGGCCACUAAUAACUCUGGAUUCACUAUUGUCAACGUCCUGCAACAAGAGUCGACUGUGAAGUCGGUGGUGUGCUCCAACGACUCCCUCUUCUACUUUGUCUUCUUCUACCCCUUCCCCAUCUUCAUCAUCCUCCUCAUCGCCCUGCUGCUGGUGCGCUUCAAGAGCCGCAACAACAGCAAGAGCCAGGAGGGCAAAAACGGCGCCCCCCUGUUGUGGAUUAAAGAACCUCACCUCAGUUACUCACCCACCUGUUUGGACCCUCCUGCACUCAGCCUGCACCCUGGCUCUGUGGACUAAGCCAGGUCGUCACACUCCUAUCUCGCACACGUUGCAGAUCCAGCCAACAACACGGUGCCAGGGAGCAGAUGUGGACUCCACCUUCAGAACCUUACUGUCGUUCACUGCUGUGUUGAGUUAGUCAAUCAGUUUAAAGAUUCCUACCCUGACUGCUGCCUAUUUUACGUUGACAAAAGUGUGUCUUUGGUUCUGUCUGUGUGUGUGUGUCUGCACUCGUUGUGCCAUGCUGAAGGACAAGGGAGUAUCACAAGCUUCACUCUCUCUCUCUUUUUUUUUACUUUCCUGUAAAAACUUUAUAUUAUAGCAGCAUCUUUUUCCACUGAAUACGUGUCUAUUUUUCACAAGAGAAGAAAUUGCGCCUAUGAGAUCACUGGCCGAUCCGGGAAGAAGAUUUAAGAGAUAAACUCUAUAAUGGACUCUGGCACAGAGCGGACGCCAAAAAAAAACAAGAGAAAAAAAGUCUCUGCACUGAUCCAAGAACAGCCGCAGCCUGGCCCACUAUGUUGGUUUCCAUAGUGAUGCUCUGUGCCCACUGACUUCACUGCUGAUGACUUGGUUUCUAGGCUGCACAGAGACAAAAGCAAGGACACACAAGUCAGUGUCCUAAGUAAGGAUGCUUGUGUUUGUGUGAGUGUUUAUGUGUGCAUGUGUGUGUGCGUGUGUGUGUUAGGCCCACCUGCCUACACAAUCAGUUUGCCUUGGCAGACAGACACAGGUCCUGGUGCCACUUUAACACUGCCAGACUCUCUCUGGCCUUAGUGAGAGACUGAUCGGUUCUUCUCUUCUGUCCCCUUCCUCUCCCAAAAGAGACACUGAGAGAAAGAAAAUGAGAGAGGGAGGGGUCGGAAAUGAUGCAGAAUAAAAUCAGCAUCCCCAUCCCUCCUGCUGAGAAUAUUCCUACUUCACUGUAUGGAUUAUUUUUUAUCCCAGUGCCAACUCCAUCCCUAAUUUCACCCUGUCUCCUGCAGCAACCAGUAUUUAAAGUUUUGAAGAGAGAACAGGACGUGGUUCGGUUCUGAUUCUGAUUGUGAAUAUGGCCUUAUGGGCUAACAGGCAACUCCCCUCCCCCUGUGUUAAAUCAGUUGAAUUGUCCUUUUGAGAGGGCACAUUGUGGGGGGUGGGGAGGUGGUCAAAUGACUGAAAUUAAUUCUCGCACAUUUCUCUAAGUUUGACAACUCUGCUGUUAAAUUAUUUGAAAAGGCUCAGAAUUAGCAUCUUUAUUGAAAAAGAACAAUGGUGACUUGAUCUGAUAAGAAUCACACUCCAGAUUAAUGAAAUGUGAAGCUGAAGUAAAACACUCUAAAACAAACCCUGCACAGUAUCAGAAAACGAAACUCUUGUGUUAAUUUUAGUGUUUGUUUUUUUCUAUUUAUUGUUUUAUACUUCUUUGCAUAGCUUUGUAAUAUUUUCUCUUUUUUUUUUUGCUUCAAAAAUUCUCUAAAAACUGUGCUGCUUGCGUUGCCAGGCAACUGCACCAAGCAGAUUAUGUGAGUAGCCUGUGUGUCGACAGUGUGGUAGCUGUAGAAAUGCUAGAAUUGUCCUGCGCAUUGCGGUCUGUAGCAUUUCAUACCAGAUUGUCAAGUUUGGUCAGUGUCACAACACUGUAUAUCUCUAUCUAUAAUGGAACUUACUGUGGCUUUACAUGUACAGUAGAUGAACAAAGGAGUCACAAAAAUGCAUUAUUUUACUGCUUACUUUGCUCAAGGCGCCUUUAUUUAGUGAAAUGUGAUGUAACACAUAGCUAGGAUGUUUGGAGUCGGCUGAGACUGAACAGUUACAGCGUCGUCUUCUAAUCGUGGAUUCCACCUGAAGGUGUAUCUUCUCAGCUCCCUCACAGAUGAAAGAGGCAGAAGGGAUGAAAAUCUGUCACUUUCGCUGGAAUGCAUCAGCCAGGAGACAUGAGGAAAGGAAGAAAAAAAAAAUCCUCCACCUGACUUGGAGCUAACCCUUUCACUGCCAGGCUGAACAUAAAACUCUUGAAAGAAAAAGAAAAAAAAAAACGAAAAAAGCUUGACAUUGUUGUCUCAAUCGUGUCAACGUGUAUAUUGCAUGAGUAUUGCAGAAAGAAUUUUGAUGUUUUGUAAACUUUAAACUCUAUGAGCAUUGUGUUUGUGUGACAGAACAGUGCCCAAAACACCCCCCCACCACCAUCUACACUUCCCACCCCAAAGACUGAUUCCUGAGCCAACAUGAAGCCCAGCCCCUUCUCCUAAUUUACUAUAUUUAACUGCCAUUAAUGCCAAUUGAACCUAUCAAGUAAUGUAUCUCAAGAAUGAGUGUCGUGGAGAUUGUGUUUGAUAUUAUUGGUCACAUUUGUUCUUUUACUGCUUUGCUUUUUACGCAGCACCUCAUUAAACAGUUUUAUGUUGUAAAAA